AUGAAUUUUGAUUUGAUAAAAACAUAUUUUCUCUACCUAGAUAAGUUUGCUUGUCCAGUAUAACUAUUUAUCCAGAAAAAAAGAGGAUAUUAAACAUAUUUAGGUGCAUUUACAACACUUGGAUGCAUCGUCACUAUUCUACUCUAUCUAACCAAUAAACUUAGUCAAAUAGAUGAUAGAACUUAAUUUUAAACUCUCUAUUCUGAUGUUUUCCAUCUAGAACCUCCUUUUUAUUAGCUAACUGAAGACAAUUUCACAUUAUAAUUUGCUUUUCAAUAUUAGAAUAGAACAAAUUAUAUUAACGAAAGUAUAUACAUCCCUGAAGCUUUUCUUGUAUAUAAAUAAAUAAAAGAGUAUUCUAUAUAAUCUAAUAAUAAGGGUUAACGGUAAAAAGAAAGAAUAUCAUAAUAAAACACUGAUACCGCUCUCAAAAUGUUCAAAAAAUGGUAUAAUCCAGGAUGAGUUGGCAGAUUAAUUAGAUGACCAAGACCCUUAAAAUACAUAUUGUCUCGAUUGGAGUAAGUUUGAAAAUUUGGCAUUAUUUGGCACUGAUGAUUCUCCAUAAUAUUAGUAUAUCAAUGUUAGUUUUAGUGUAUGUUAAAAUGGAUCAAGUAAUUAUUUAUAGAUAUUAAAAAGAACCUGGAGUUGUGUGUGCAGAUAAUGAUACUAUUUAUAAUGUAUUGAAUAGAAAUUACAUACAUUUUUAAUUGACAUCAUACAUAAUAAACUUAAGAGAUUUUUCUUCGCCUCUCAUUCCAAAAGUUGAAGACAUAUACACAACGAUAUCAGCCAGAGUCACAAAAGAUGUUGAGAUAUUUAUGUAACCAAUCACUACAAUUACUGAUUUUGGUUACUUUUAGAAAGAAAUUAGAAAAGACACAACUAUAAGAUAUUUUUCAGAUAAAGAAAUAAUUGAUUUUAAUACUGAUACAUCAUUGGCUAAUGUUGUAAUUCGUCUAUAUGAUACUGAAGAAGUAAGCUAUAGAAUCUAUCCAAAAGUGCAAGAUGUUUUAGCAUCAGCUGGAGGAUUGUGGUAAAUUAUAAUAGCUGUUGCUUUAUUUCUUUAAAAACCUUUUAGUGAAUUAGCUUAUAGUGUAGAAAUUAUUAAUAAAUUAUUUAAUUUUGAAUAAGAUUAAACUCAAAAGAAGAAAAAUAAACAUUAAUCUAACGAACAUUAAAAUGAUCCUAAACCUUCUAAAAUGUUAUUGCCUUCUCAAAAUGAUAUAAAAAAUAUAUAAAAAUAAACAGGGAUUGAUAUUAACAAUAAAGCUUAAAUCAAAUAAGCUGUUUCAAAACGAUUUCCUUAAGGCAGAUAAUAGUCAAUUGUUGCUUUAAAAUCUACUGGAUUUAUAGAAAGAUUAACUUAAAAUGAGAGAAUUAAUGAAGCUCGAUCUCUAUUUACUUUAGUUUCAUCUAACAUAAAAAUAAAAUUUAAGGAAUAUGUUCAAUAUCUUACAUACCGACCUAAAAGGAGAAAGAUGGAACAGUUAGAUUAUUCUAUUAAGAAAUAUGAAUCAUUUUUGGAUAUCCUUUUCAUAAUAGACAAAUUAUAAGAAAUUGAUAAACUAAAACUUAUUUUAUUCAACAAAGCUUAAAUGAAUCUUUUUGAAUAUUUACCUAAACCAACAAUAUAUUUAGAUCCAUAUAGUCCAGAAUAAGAAGAAUUAUAAUUUCAUUCUUCAAUUCUAACUCCUCAAAAAUCUUUUGAAGAGAAAGCUAGAUAAGCAUCAAUUGCCUUUGAAGAACUUCUUGUAGAUUUUGAUAGUAACCCUGUCACAUAAAAAUUAAUAACUUGUUUAGAUAAAGAAGUGGUUAAUGUAUUGAUUUCUGAAUACGAAGAAAGAAAUAGAACUAAUAAAGUUAAAAAAAGCUUUGCAUCUAUUAGCCAUGCAGUUAUUACAAAAAUAAAAUAGGAUUAAGAGUAAAAACAGUUAUAGCAAGAUCAAAUUUCUAAAUAAGUUGAUUCAUCAAAGAAGUAUUAUGAUGGAACUGUAUAGAAUAGUGUUGUAAGAGAUAAAUCUGAUAAUAGGGACGGAUCUUAAGAAUCAAUAUAAUAUAAAUCUCAUAAGGAUUACAAUUGA